CUCUUCCGGUCUCGGUCCGUUGAUCAAAUGUCACCGGAAAUGUCCACGGUUUUCUGCGUCGUUCAGUUAAAUGUACAUUUAGGGGAAAACAAACGUCGAGUAGUUAUACAAAUGAAAUAAAAUAAUUCAUGAUUUUAUUUGGCAGAAAAAUGAGCGGAACAUUCUGAGAAAAAGCAGGUAGUAUUAAAUGUGUUACUGCUACACGGAGGAAUUUAACUGACGGACAAGAUGGACGUCAACUACGGGCAAGUCAGCCGAGGCGCAAGAUGUUUUUAAACUACCCGUAUUUUACCGCGUUCACUGUUUUUUCUAAACAAUCGAUGGUUAAAUAGUACGAGUACUGGAGGACAAGAGAGCUUCCUGGAAGCAACAUGGCUCAGUCGCGAAAGGAACCUUUUGCCGGUGAGAUUCAAACGUCUCACCCGAAGGAGGAAGCGGGGUCCAACGGCGAACUGCCCCCACGUGACCCCGGACGGAGCGAAGGCCCCGCGGCCGGGGUCCCAUCCCGGGGGGAGCGGGACCGACUCGGCGGCUCCGGGGUUCCGGUGUCCGGCUUCAAGCUGAGGAAGUUAGAGGAAGAAGCUCAGAAGAACUGGGACCUGUUCUACAAGAGAAACACGACGAACUUCUUCAAGGACCGACACUGGACCACCAGAGAGUUCCAGGAGCUGGAGGCGUGCAGAGAGUUCGAGGCCCAGAGGCUGGUGCUGCUGGAGGCCGGCUGCGGCGUCGGAAACUGCCUCUUCCCCCUGUUGGAGGACGACCUCAACGUCUUUGUUUACGCCUGUGACUUCUCGCCGCGCGCUGUUGACUUUGUGAAGAGUAACCCUCUUUACAGCCCCGAGCGCUGCUGCGCCUUCCAGUGCGACCUGACCAGAGACGACCUGAGGGCUCAGGUGCCGGAGGGCGGCGUGGACGUGGUCACGCUGAUCUUCGUCCUGUCGGCCAUCCACCCCGACAAGAUGCAGCUGGCUCUGCACAACAUCAGCAGGGUGCUGAAGCCCGGGGGCUGCGUGCUGUUCAGAGACUACGGCCUGAACGACCACGCCAUGCUGCGCUUUAAGGCCGGCAGCAAGCUGGGGGAGAACUUCUACGUGCGUCAAGACGGAACCAGGUCCUACUUCUUCUCCAAAGAGCUGCUGGCUGAGCUGUUCGCUGACGCCGGCCUGCAGGCGCUUUCCAACGAGUACGUCCUGAGGGAGACGGUCAACAAGAAGGAGGGCCUCCGUGUCCCCAGAGUGUUCCUGCAGAGCAAAUUCACCAAGCCCGGCCACCCGAUGGGCUCCUGACGUCUCCUCUGGGGACAGACGUCUCCUCUGGGACAGACGUCUCCUCUGGGACAGACGUCUCCUCUGGGACAGACGUCUCCUCUGGGACAGACGUCUCCUCUGGGGACAGACGUCUCCGGCUUGAUAAGCAAAGCAGCGGCCCACACAAUAACUCAUCCCACUUAUUAACCCACGCCUUCACCUGCGGAGGGGGGCGGGGCUUCGACUGGGACUCUUCCAGGUGGAGACGUGUGGGCGGAUGUGAUUGAACAGGAAUUAGUUGCUGAGUGUCGAGAAGUCUGAGAGCUUCAAACUCGGCUCCUCCUUCUCCCUGGUGUUCAGUCACAGGGAUCGUUUUGUGUGAAUUCAUGUCAUCAUCUUUGUAUGUCAACAUGAAUGAAGGGGUUUUUAGUUGAUUGUCCGAUCUGAGCUCCCCAAAAAAAACCUUAAAAUAAAUCUAAAGUCAA